GGAAGGAGUUAGUGAGUGUGCUUAAUGUGUUUAACACAUUGCAGUUUCACUCAGUUGUAGCAUGUGUGUUACUGCCAGUAAGCGUCAUUUAUUGCAUCCUCAAACUGCGCCAGUGUGCCCAGAGUGUGUGGCACUGAAGGAACAAGAAUGGAACAUAAGGUCUGGGUUCGAGUCACUAGAUGCCAGCUCCUUGUCAACUGCCUCUUCAUUCUGCUCCUGGCAGUAGCCUGCUGCAUUAUGACAGUAAUAACGGGGUUGGGCUCUCAAUUUACCAUACUGACAGGUGCUUCCCCCUCCGGCAGCGUGGUCAGAGACCUACACCAUACCAUGGUCCUGUACGGUAGUGGUGUCUGCGCCUUACUCCUUCUCACUGUCCUCCUCAGCACCCUCUCUGUUCUGCGAGAGUCUCAGCACCUCAUGGCAAUCGCAUUCAUUGGGUUUGGCUUCCUGUUCUGUACGCUCAUGGCUGGACUGACCUGGACACAAGUGUGUGAGAGCCAGGUUGAGGCCUCUUUCCUAGAUGUGUAUGAUCAUCUGUAUGAGCAAGUCCUUAGGAGGUCUCCUGGAGAAGUGAGGGAUCACCUGCUGCUUGCACAUGACAUAUUUCAGUGCUGUGGGAAGACCGGAGGACACCAGAAAGUGUCUCCUACCAACAGUCUGUGUGAGAAUGCAGCAGACCAACAGGACUGUAUAUCAGUAAUCUCUGGUAUCCUUCAAAUACACUGGCAUUGGGUUAGAGCUUCCCUGUUCCUGUCACUCGGAUUCACGGUAUAUGGCAUGGUGCUUUCCUCUUUCCUUUUCUUCUCUCUACCAAGAGGAAACGUAUGGGACCGAAGAGGAGAAUACAGCCUAAGCAAUGCCUUAGUGUGCCGUUCAGAUGCCAAACCCAUUACUCCUCUUAUUCAGCUGUUGCCAUACCGAUCUGCACAGUAACUUCCUGUGUUAUACCACACACAGGGACAGCACACAUUGCUUUGUAAUGCAUUUCAGAUGUAACUAUUACCACAUUGUUAUGAGACAAUAAUGUAUUUAAGAGAUCAUUCAAAUAGGAUCCUAUUGUUUAAUGACAGGGGGGGGGGGGGGGGAAUCUUACUUCCCCUCUAAAACAAUUUCACGGUAUUUCCAAUGACACAGUUAUGGAAAUCCAGAUGAUUCCAGCACAGCGACAUUGGUACUUGUCGUACUGUGAAAGUUUUGAGUUUCUCUUUUUAUAAAAUAGUUUUAGAUUUUCUUUUAUUAUUCCAGAAAUUGAAACCUUUCGUAUUUAUCUCCUGUGUAAAAAUAUAUAUUUGCAUAUAAUGGUUUCUGCAGAAGAUCACAGAGCAACAGGUUUAAAAUUACUCAGUGAUAAGAAUGUGUCAAAUGGAAAUAUUUGAGAAGAAGCAUUGAUGAUACAGUGUUAAUGUAAUAGAUAUUGGGGCCUAUUCAUCAUCGAGGGCUUAAGUAUCCAACUCGUGGCGGGUGAUACUUAUCACCAGAGCAAUUCAGCAUUGCCCUGGUGUGGGAACGGUUCCGGUAUGAAUGGUCGACCAUGUUAUGGUCGACAGUCAUUAGGUCGACCACUAUUGGUCGACAUUGACAUGGUCGACAUGGACACAUGGUCGACACAUGAAAAAUGGUCGACACAUGAAAGGUCGACACAUAAAAAGGUCGACAUGAGUUUUUUUACUUUUUUGGGUGUCGUUUUUUGCGUAAAGUGACUGGGAAUCCCAAUUAGUGCACCGCGUCCCCUCGCAUGGCUCGCUUCGCUCGCCAUGCUUCGGGCAUGGUGCCUUCGCUCCGUAGUCCACUUGGAUCGUAAAGUAUGGAAAAGUUCCCCAAAAGAAAAAAAAGUUAAAAAACUCAUGUCGACCUUUUCAUGUGUCGACCUUUCAUGUGUUGACUAUUUUCAUGUGUCGACCAUGUGUCCAUGUCGACCAUGUCAAUGUCGACCAAUAGUGGUCGACCUAAUGACUGUCGACCAUAACAUGGUCGACCAUGUGAACGGAUACCCGUGGGAACACCUACUCUAGUAGUAGCAUUACUUACCUUUCCCAUUGUGGGCUUUUGUGCUAGUGUAACCUGAGGUCAAGCAUGUGGAGCCCUGCAGAAAACAGGGUUGCAAAGAGGGAUCCGAUUGGAUCCCAUCAUCUCUCUGCUACAUUCUUUUUGUGUGCGUUGCAGCUGUGCGCGCGCCUAAACUUAGGGAUCGCAGGAACAGCUUAUUUUGAGAUCAGCUGUCCCCACACUAGAGCAAUACUAAAUUGCUUCAGUAGUUAAGUAGGCACAACUUACUUAAAUAUCAAGGGCCAACAGACCCCUGAUAAUGAAUAUGCCCCAAAGGGAAUAUCUAGUAAAGGCUGUUUUGCCAAUCAUAAUUGCUGUAACUUACCUGAAAAUUUAGAAAUCUUUAGCAAUUUCCAUUGAUCUCAAAAAGUGGAUUUACUAGGGAAACUUCAAUAGGGGUUCACUGUGUGCACUUCAUGCAGGAACCCCAUUGAAAUUAAUGUAUGUAUUGAAAUGAAUGGGAAAGUCUCUGUCUAUACAGUUUUCCAUUACUAUCCAAAAGGGCUUCUUAAUCCAAACACUCACACAUUUGAAAAUUAUGCUGGAGUUAUUUUAUGGUUUCCAAAUGAUUCUGCAUUUCUUUGCUUCUUGCUAUGCCUGUUGUCCCUUGCUACACCUGGUACCCCCAGCAAUGUUCAUUAUCCUUUUAUAAUCUAUAGACGUUUGGAACCCUUUAAUGGGGUGGUCAAUUGAUUUAUUCAUGUUGUGUGAUAAAGCAGGGAAUAAGUCAGAUUGACAGCUUUUGGUGGCCCCUAGCCCUCCAAUUUCCCACCACUGAUCUAAGAAGGUUCUCGGUGUAUGACAUUUGCACACAGACACAAUAAAAGCAUUUAAUUACUUACUAUU